AUGUCUUCAGGCGACCCCCACGACCCGGCUGACAAGACGGGCUUGACCGUCGAGAUGACCCCUACCACCACUCUCAAACACAAGUCCUCGCAGGACACGCUCUCCCAACCAUUUCCUACGCUAGAAGAAAAGGACACGCCAUACCCGCGACGCUCGGAUAUCUCGACGCCCGCCACGGCACGCGCGAACCCGUUCGACACCGACGUCGAGGCUAUGCACGUCGUCACACAGGACUCUAGCAGGAGAUCAGCCGAAUGCACCAAGGGGGGGACAGAUUGCCAUGCCUGGCCUGGGCAGGCCCACUGGAAACAGAAGGCCAAGGCGGCCAGGAAGAACAAGCACAGCUGCAACUGCCUAGCAAGCAUGAGCAAGCGCAACCGCAUCACCGUCAAGAUUCUCAUCAUCCUCCUCAUCGUCGGUAUCGCCGUUGGCGUUGGGUUUGGCGUCAGCAAGCCGCUCGGCGCGGGCAUCUGGCGCAGCGAGACGCAGAAUUGA